AUGAGCCGCCAUCACUCCGAACGCCAGCAGCCUCCCGCCGAGCCUGCCCUGGCACUCCCAAGCACCGACCCCAGCACAGCAAACGCCCCCGUCCCACCCUCCUUCGACCCCGCCCUCGCCAGCCCGCCCCCGCCCCCAGCAUCCGCCGGCGAUCCGGACAGUGCCAAGGCCGCCAAGAACGCUCCCGCCCCGGACCCCUCCAGCCCGCCCGUCGACCCCUUGAGUCCGCCGCCGCCCACGCCCACCGACCCGAACAACACCCCCAAGCCGCCUGCGGCCGACCCCCCGCCAAGCCCCCCGCCCGCCUCCACAGCGCUGCCCUCGCCCGAGCACAGCAAGCAUCCCAGCGAUCCGCCGACCAACCCGCACGACGGAGCGCUCCCAGCCGACGCCCCGCUGCCAGGCUCGCCGCCCAGCUCCAGCCCGUCCUCGGCCGGAUCCCCAGCCCCUGAGAGCCCGUCCCCGCCACCCGCCACCCCGGGCCAGCCCAGCUCGAGCAGCCCCUCCGCUCCGCCCCCAUCCACCCCCACCACCACCACUACCACCACCACCACCAACAAACAUCCAAGCCAAGCCAGCCCGGCCCAGAGCGACCUGCCCGUGAGCCAGCCCGUCGCCGGUGCCGUCAACGCUACCGCGAUCGACCAGAGCGUCGCCGCCAAAUCGCCAGACUCCGCCGCCUCCCGCGCCGCCCAUCCCCAGCAAAACUCCCGCUCCGAUGACAGCACCGGCACACACGUCGGCACCAUCAUGGGCAUCCUUCUCGCAGCCGUCGUCGGCGCACUCAUCCUCGUCGGCGUCCUCGGGAUGAUCAAACGCAAGAGGAGAGCACGACAGAACCAAGCCGACUUCCACCAAGACAUCUUUCAGGAGAAGAAUUCCUUCGAGCCUGACAUGGACCGGAAGAGUCUAGGCUCGGCUUCGCUGGGGAUCCCGAUGAGUCCGGACGGGAACCGGAGCUUCAACCCGCGCUCCGACGGCAUCUUUGCCCCCCGUCCGCCCUCGAUAAUCGAGCGCCACCAGGCCUCGCCGGCCAUCCCCGGGCCCAUGCCGAGCUACCAGCCCGGCCAGAUGCUCAACUAUUCCGCCUAUCCCCCCCAGCAACAGCAGCAACAGUCUUUCAAUCUCCAUCGCCCUAAGCCGCCCACCUACCAUUGCGGCUUCCCCGAAAAGUCUGGGCUCGCUUAUGCUAAUAACCCGCCCAUCGAACGCUCUCUCAGCCCGCGAACGAUCCCUCACGAUCAGAACAAUGUCACCAUUGAGAUGUCUCACCAGGAUCCAUCCCAACCCAACCGAUACGAGUACCACGGAACGGGCCAACACAUCCCGAUGCAAAACAUGCUAGGGUAUGGGAGCGGCGCGGGGUCAGGGUACGCAGGCACGGGGGGGCCGGUGAGCCCGACGCCGAACUACCAACAGCAGGUAGACCAGCUCGAUUUCCUGGGGCAGCCGUCGCCGGCCCUGACGAUGGUGGGGCCGCUGACGACGGACUGGGGCCAGGGCGGCGAGGCGGGGGAGAAGAAGACGGACGCGGCUGGUGGGGCGGCGGAGGUGGCGAUGGACUCGGAGCGUUCGGGCACGCCGAUGAUCCCGAACCUCCAACAGAGCUAUCUGGACUGCGACAGCCGGGUCUCCGAGCGUUCGUCGCCCAACGACGACCAUCCCCCUCACCCGGCCCCCGCGCCAGCCGACGCCCCCGGCUUCGCUCAUCCCGCGCCCAUCUCGCUCGCCGACGACUGGAAACUGGCCUGCCCUAACCCCGCCAGCCCCUUGGGCGAGAUCUUCGCCCAUCACGACCCCUACCUCGCCCCCGCCCCCGUCGACCUCCACCAGCUUCCUGCUCAGCUCCACCAGCCUGCGGACAUCGACGCCGACCGCCAGGCCUCUCAUUCGCCUCUCAAAGUCAUCAACCCUUGA